GGCUCUUCACCUCUCCCGUAACUGUAGCUGCACACAGAAAACGAAUAGAAAAUAAAGAUUCCACACCAUAUACAGACGAUUCAGAACAACGGAAAACAAGUUUCCCCCGGACAAUCAUAUGGACGGACAGAGGUACUCUGCACCGCAGUUCGUGAUUCGCUGUACACGGCAAUAGAUCAACCAUCCCAUCCGUCAAUCGAUCGAUAACCGACAGCCAAUAUGAAGAAUCUUAUUUUGGCGUUGUUGGUCUUGUUAGCGGUUGCAAAAACCGGAACAUGCCAGCAGCAAUGGAUACGAGGUGUCGAGAGCGCUCACGUGGUUCAAAUCGGUCAACGACAGCCCGGAGGCGGAGUAACAAUCGUCUGUGGUGGAUCUUACCUGGGUGAAAAGAUGGUUGUGUUAGGGGCACACUGUGCCAAUAAAAACGGGCGACAGCCCGACUUGGCACGAUUCGGUAGUUCCAGCGGGAAUACCUUUGACAUAGCUAUCGCAAACAUCACACUUCAUUACCGCUACAAGCCCCAGUUCGACUACCACAAUAUGGCAAUCGCGAUUCUCGAGAGGAAUCCCCAAAUCUACUCCAGUGCCAUCAAAGCAGCGUGCAUUCUGAAAGCACAUCCCAAGACGAAUACUCCCGUGCAGCUGAUUGGGCCCAUCGGCGAUGGUAGUGACCGACUGGAACGAGCCGACCUGCAGGCCGUUGGUUCCGAAAAAUGCCACGAGUAUUACAACCCCAAUCGAAAGCUGCGGUUCGGAGUGCUGCUGUGCUGCUUUUGCGCGCGCAAUGCCAAGCUCGACCGGUGCACGAAUUUACACAGCUCACCCCUCCAGAUCGUCGCUCGCCGUUUGGGCAAGGAAGUACCCUACUUAAUUGGCCACAAAUCGAUCGGAAAAUCGUGCGAUACGAACACACCCGGGAUUUACACCCGCUACGGAUCGUACUUCGAGUGGUUGGAAACCGUCACCGGGCUGAAUCUCGACGAAAAAGAGUGUUUCGAACGCUACUAAAUGGCAACAGACUAGCGUGCUGCAGCGCGUUACUCAUUAGCACCGAUUCGGACGGAUCAGUAGUGGAUAAACACCUUCGAUGAGGUAUAGAGAAACAUAUGCUCAAAUGAUUAUCUGAAAAUCACCACAUCCGGUGCGAUUACUAGUUUAGUUGGAAUACAAUGUUGAGAAUGCGAACGAUUAUUAAAAUUCCUUGGAAUCGA